AUGGCAGCCGGGACACACAUGGCUGCUACACAACAAACAGCCGAUGAUCAAGCAUCUUCGCUCUAUUUUUCUGGUAUUUGUCAAACAAUAUCAGUGAAAUGUCAGCACAGAAAUGAAAAUGGUUUAUUAACAUGUUCAAGAAAUCUUUACGUUUCCUGUCCACAUUGUCAUUUACUACUUUGCAUUGAUCAUAUACAUGAACAUGAAAAUUUAUUACGAUACGAAAUUGAACAAUUAAUAAACGAAACCAAUAUUGUUAAAGCAAAUAUACGUGCAUUAUUAACAACAUCUCAACAGCAACCAUCAUCAACGACCGCGCAAGUACUCGAUGAGAAACAACGUACUUUAUGUGAACUAUUAGAACGUUGGGCAACCGUUGGUAAAAUUUCCAUGUCACAAGCUGCACUUAUUCAACAUCAAUGUGGUUACAUUAGUCAAACAACCCAACAACAAGCAACAGCCGCAUCUACAGCCGCAGUCGCUGCUGCGGCACUCGCAACUGGUACCAGUAAUCAUCAUCUUGCUAGUACUCAUCACAAUCUAAAUACUCAACAAAAUGGCAAUACUUCGAAUAAACUUCCAGCUCAUCAUCAACAACAACAACAACAGCAACAAUCAGCACCACCAUCACACGCACAUGCGACACAUCAUCAAACGAAUUCUCAUCAUCACGAUCGAUCAUCUCAACAACUUUCAUCGCCGCCCAAUGUAGUCAAAAAGCGACGUAGUGGUAAAAACAAAAUCGUGACAUUGUUGAUGAAAAACGCCGAAGGAGAAUACGAAUGUCCCAAUGUUCAAUGUCGAAAAUCGCUGAAAUGUCAAGGUAUAACUGCACACGUCAAAGCAUGUGCAGUAGAUUGGCUAAAAGAAAACGGUCAAUAUCUUAAUCUAAAUUAA